GAGAAUCUUGAAGCUUCUUUGUUUUCCUUCAAUCUCUUUGGUUUUAAUCUACAGGUAACUUAAAUGGCUAAUGUUCCGAAGAUCGGAAAGGCUGUUUAUAAAGGACCAAGCGUAGUUAAAGAGAUCAUAUAUGGAAUAACACUAGGCCUUGCGGUUGGAGGGCUGUGGAAAAUGCAUCAUUGGAACAACCAAAGACGAACGAAGGAGUUCUAUGAUUUACUCGAGAAGGGAGAAAUCAGUGUUGUCGUCGAAGAUGAGUAGUUUUCGUGUAAGUAUCUCGGUUUUAAUCUUACAUUUUAUAUAUUUGAAUUUGGAUACAUCAAUUUAAAGUGUGUCGUGUGCUUAACUGAACUGAAUUUUGAUUGUGUAAUUGUUUUCUUGAUGUAUGAAGGAAUUUGUUAUCUUUGGAAUUCAAGAUCAAGAACCAAUUAAGGAAUGUGUUUUGGCUUGUGUGAGGUAUGAUUUCAAUUGUUUUGUUAGAAUAAAUUUUAGAACAAUGG